UCUACUCUGUCUACGUCUCUCUCCCGCUGCCGAUCAGCGCCUGCUGCUGCUGUCUCUUUACGUUCCUGAUCUCAGUAAACGGUGAAACUCCACAGAGUGACUAGCUUGCACCCUCGGUCAGAAAAACUCGGGUAUAGUCCAACUUAAGCGCCAGUUGUGAGUGUGUCUAAGCGAUUACUGCUUUGUUAGCACACCACAGUCCACAGUGAGUCAUAUGGCAGCGGUCGGAACUUGAAAUAUGACGAUAAGCAAAAUGGGAGGAAAGUCGUUGCUAGCUUGCUGAAGUUGGAGGUUCUCCUUGUGGAAGAGGAAGAGGUGGCGGCGGACACCACGAGUUCACUCUCACAAUAAAAGGAGUGAGCCCAGCCUUCCAACAUACCUCCUCCUUUUCAUUGGGCUAAGAUGAGUAUUACCAGUGACGAAGUGAACUUCUUGGUCUACAGAUACCUCCAAGAAUCAGGUUUCUCCCACUCAGCAUUCACCUUUGGCAUUGAGAGCCACAUCAGCCAGUCGAACAUCAACGGAACACUAGUGCCCCCUGCAGCUCUCAUCUCCAUCCUGCAGAAAGGGCUUCAGUAUGUGGAGGCAGAAAUCAGCAUCAAUGAGGAUGGUACAGUCUUCGAUGGCCGGCCAAUCGAGUCCCUGUCGCUCAUUGACGCGGUGAUGCCAGACGUGGUGCAGACGCGGCAGCAGGCCUUUCGCGACAAGUUGGCCCAGCAGCAGGCGGCCGGUGCCAUGGCAGCUUCAACCUCUGGAAACCAGUCCAACGCACCAAAGAAUGGAGAAGCCACUGUCAAUGGGGAGGAAAAUGGCACUCACAACAUGAAUAACCACAGUGAGCCCAUGGAGAUGGAUGUAGAUGUGGCGAUACCAGCCAGUAAAGCCACAGUGCUCCGAGGCCACGAGUCUGAAGUGUUCAUCUGUGCCUGGAACCCUGUCAGCGAUCUGCUGGCCUCAGGCUCGGGGGAUUCCACCGCCAGGAUCUGGAACCUGAACGAGAAUAACAACUCCAACUCCACCCAGCUGGUGCUGCGCCACUGUAUCCGAGAAGGGGGCCAGGAUGUCCCCAGCAACAAAGACGUCACCUCACUAGACUGGAAUAGCGAUGGCACUCUAUUGGCAACGGGCUCGUAUGAUGGAUUUGCCAGGAUAUGGACAAAGGAUGGAAAUCUGGCAAGCACCUUGGGACAGCACAAAGGGCCCAUAUUUGCACUCAAGUGGAACAAGAAGGGGAACUCUAUUCUCAGUGCUGGUGUAGAUAAGACGACAAUCAUUUGGGACGCACACACAGGAGAAGCCAAGCAACAGUUCCCUUUUCACUCAGCCCCAGCACUGGACGUCGACUGGCAGAACAACACCACCUUUGCCUCCUGCAGCACAGACAUGUGCAUCCACGUCUGUCGACUCGGCAGCGACCGGCCCCUCAAGACCUUCCAGGGCCACACGAAUGAAGUUAACGCCAUUAAGUGGGAUCCAUCAGGUUUGCUUCUCGCCUCCUGCUCAGAUGACAUGACCUUAAAGAUAUGGAGUAUGAAGCAGGAGUCCUGUGUCCAUGACCUCCAGGCUCAUAGUAAAGAGAUCUACACUAUCAAAUGGAGCCCCACAGGUCCCGGAACCAGCAACCCCAACUCCAACAUCAUGCUCGCAAGCGCCUCUUUCGACUCUACUGUACGUCUGUGGGAUGUUGAGCGGGGAGUUUGUAUUCACACGCUGACCAAGCACCAGGAACCUGUCUACAGCGUGGCCUUCAGCCCCGAUGGCAAGCACCUGGCUAGUGGCUCCUUCGAUAAGUGUGUCCACAUUUGGAACACCAUGACCGGAGCAUUGGUGCACAGCUACAGGGGUACUGGUGGUAUUUUCGAGGUGUGCUGGAACAGCACUGGGGACAAAGUUGGUGCCAGCGCUUCAGACGGCUCGGUAUGUGUUCUUGAUCUCCGAAAAUAGCCGACUUGAGACGUUGAUGAUGAAUCCUGGAAUGGCAUCAAACCGCCUUCUUCUGACAGCAGCAAACACACACUCACAGCUCAAAAAGAGCUGGGAGGUGGAGCGAAACAAAACCCCUCACAGGAGCCAACACCAACUGACUUCAGUGCACCUUACUGUUUGUUGACGUGUUUUUUAUAAAACGCCUAUUGGAAACAUAACGGAAGCUGUUUAAGAGAUCCCCAAGAAUGGACUGAAUCCAACUCCCUGGGUGCAUCCAUGUUGUAAAAGGUUUCGAAUGAGAAAGUGCCGGAAACCCUCCGGGCCACUGGUCCAGCUGUUAGUGGGUUGUAAGGGUGGAAACACAAAGAUGAGUUUUAUAUAAAGAGAAACGUGUUAAUGAGAGACUGUGAAUGGCAACACAUUAUGAAAGAAAGAGGUUGUGGUUUUUUUUAGAAUUCCUCUGAGCAAAUGUUACGUCAUGUCCAAAUGAACUAACUGGGGACAUGAUAAAAGUAACAUCAGUACUGAAGCACUGGUAUUGUCUGUUGACAGGGUGCUUGACUUCUUCUUCCCAGUGAAGAAUAGUUUGUUUCAAGAGUACUUCUUGCU